AUGCGUUUCCAUCUACUUCUUCUCCUUCCAAUCGCCACGUCUUCACUUCGAAUGUGUUUUGAUAAAACACCGAAUAGAUCAUUGUUCGUUCGACCACUGCUUUCUCUCCGAAAUUUGAGUAUUGAUAAAUGUUUCAGUGCGUGUUUGGAAAUGCCAAGAGAAACAUGCAAAUCAAUCACAUACACUAAGAGAACUUCCAACUGCCAACUGAAUGGAAAAUCAAAGCAAGAUGUGAAAAUAGUGAAGAAUCCAAUGUCAGAUUUCUAUCAUAGAAAUUGUUAUGACAAGCCAAGUGUGGCUAUUCGAAGGGAUACUGUAGCCACUGAAUCCGGAUGCUUCACUUCUACGCCUGGAAAAGUUUUGAUUGGAAUUGUAGAUCAACUUGUUCGUGACGUGGCAACUGUAGCUGACUGUCAAAUGCAAUGCACAAAUAGUCAAACGAAAUAUGAUGUGACAUGCAAGAGUGCAAUGUAUUAUGAAAAAGAUAAGGAGUGCAUUUUGGCUUCUCAGUCGAAGGCAGAUAUUCCUGAUUUGUUUAUUGAUGAUGAUAAGUCUCUAUAUUUGGAAAAUGGAUGUUUGGAUAAAUCAGACAAAUCUGUUGUGGUGAAAACUUCCGAUGUUUUCAAGGGAUCUUCUAAAUUUUCGGAGAAUGAAUCUUCAAAAACUGAUGAAGAAUUGGAACCUUUGAAAACAGAGAAAACUACACUUUCCUCAAUUCUUGCCUCUUCAACACACGUGGAUAUCCAAUUAUCUGGAUAUGAAGGACCAUCAGACUCAGUAAGCAAUCAGAAUCGAGAAGAUCUUCUCACUACGAGACCAACGACUACAACAACAACCACAACUACAACUACAACAACUCCAAAACCGAUUGCUCCGAAAGUGAUUGACAAUUAUAAUGUAGUGAACACACCGAAAACAGAAUACGGAAGAAGAUUGAGAGACACAAGAGUCAAAUCGUGUUUCAGAGAAGUUAGACCAAUUGGAAAGAUGGAAGCGUUGAGAGUUGUGAAGGCUUAUUCAUUGGAACAGUGUACAGAUAUGUGUAGAAUAUGCUCAAAGUGUUUGGUGAAACAGAAAAAAUGCCAAGCAGUGGCAUUCGAUAUUUCACGAGAGCUUUGUGCUCUUGCCUCAAAACGUCUCACAGACGGCGGAUCCUUCAAUGAUGACAUCAUUUACCACAACCGAAUGGAUUGUUGA